AAAAAGAAACCUAAGUUUUAAAAGCACGAACGAAAGAGAUGCCAAGGAGGCGUUCUCAUCCACAAAGCUUUCCGCAAGGACGAGGCAGAACUUCCAUGCCAGUCACUACCACCAUGGAGCAGCUCCUGGGAUAUUAUUUCUGUCUCUUCCUGAUCCUGUCACCUUUAUGUAGCGCAGGGCACCCUAUUCAGAUCCACAUACCUUCUCACGAGAGGUCUACACGCCAAGUGAAGACCCCCAAAACAGAGCUCAUCAUUUCCAGUUUCUUGGUGCGCUCAACCAUUGUGUCUCGCUAUGCCUCCACCCAGGUGUGGACUUUCAUGAGCAACCCACACGCAGAGGCAAAGGAAGCUUUCUUUGAUCUGGACCUGCCCAGUUCGGCCUUCAUCUCCAACUUUACCAUGACCAUUAAUGAGAAAAUCUAUGUGGCUGAGGUGAAGGAGAAGCACCAGGCAAAGAAGAUGUAUGAUGAAGCCCGCAGGCAGGGAAAGACAGCAGCUCAUGUUGGCACCAAGGACCGAGAAACGGAAAAAUUCAGGGUGUCAGCCAGCGUGGAGGCAGGGGGCAAGGUGGCCUUUGAGCUGACUUACGAAGAGCUGCUGCAGCGGCAUUUGGGCAAGUACCAGCAUGCCAUCAGCAUCCGGCCCCAUCAGGUGGUAAGGAACCUCAGCGUGGAGGUGAGCAUCUCCGAGCGCACCGGCAUCAGCUACGUCCACGUGCUGCCACUCCGCACGAGCCGACUGCUGACCAACACCCUUCGAGGUGAUGCUGAUGUGCCGCCAUCUACUCGGGUGGAGAAAGGAACACACUGUGCUUGGAUUGUUUUCACCCCAACCCCGCAAGAGCAGGAGGAGUUCUCCAGCUCAGGAAUCAUGGGUGAUUUUGUGGUUCAGUAUGACGUGACCAUGCCGGACGUUGCAGGAGACGUACAGAUCUACAAUGGCUACUUUGUCCACUUCUUUGCCCCGAGGGGCUUGCCCCCUGUGCAAAAGGACGUGGUGUUCGUUAUCGAUGUCAGUGGCUCCAUGUAUGGCACCAAGAUGAAACAGACCAAAAAGGCCAUGCAUGUCAUCCUGAGCGACCUCCACCAAGAUGACUACUUCAACAUUGUUACUUUCUCGGACGCUGUGAAUGUGUGGGUGCCCAGCCACUCCAUCCAAGCUACACCUCAGAAUAUCCGGAAGGCCAAGGACUAUGUCAGCAAGAUGGAAGCAGAUGGAUGGACUGAUAUCAACGCAGCUCUGCUUGCUGCCGCCUCCGUCUUCAACCGGAGCUCUCCGGGGAAAGUUGUGAAGGAACAGAGAAUCCCCCUGAUCAUCUUCCUGACAGAUGGCGAGCCCACCUCAGGCGUGACGGCGGGCAACCGCAUUCUCUCCAAUGCUCAGCAGGCUCUGAAAGGCACCACCUCACUUUUCGGCCUGGCUUUCGGUGAUGAUGCGGACUACGGGCUGCUGAGGCGCCUGUCGCUAGAGAACCGCGGCGUCGCUCGGCGCAUCUAUGAGGACGCCGAUGCCACUUUGCAGCUGAAGGGUUUCUACGACGAGAUCGCCAGCCCUUUGCUGUAUGAUGUGGAGCUGGCCUACCUGGACGGAGUGGCACAAGACCUCACCCAGAACCUGUUCCCCAACUAUUUCCUGGGCUCUGAGCUGGUUGUGGCUGGGCGGGUGAAGCCAGGGGCACCAGAGCUGCGGGUACGCACCACGGGGCACGGCCAGGAGGGCCCGCUGAGCCUGGAAAACGAUAUCUCUGCCAAUGCCACUGAAGCUGCUCCCUUUGGCUGCUUUGGGGAUGUCAACAAGAUCGGUCGCUUUGUGCAGAGGCUUUGGGCCUACUUCACCAUUCAGGACCUGCUGCAGGCCCGGUUCCGAGCCAAUGACACAGCCGCCCGCCGCCUGCUGACUGAAAAGGCCACCAACCUGUCACUCAAGUACAACUUUGUCACCCCUGUCACCUCCCUGAUUGUGGUGCGGCCAGAUGAGGACAGAGAGAAGGGCCGGCCAGCAAAAGCUACUACCAGCCCUCCUGGGGUGACCAGAGCGCUCAAGGCCACCCCCACAACAUUGGGGGUUUCUGCUUCCUUGGGGCUCUCUAAAGUGGCAAAAGCCACACCUGCCCUUGGAGCGGCCAGCGUCCCCGUGGUUGCAAAAUCCCCAAAGGCAACAGCAAGGCCAGGAUCUGCUCCCACUCCCCUGCUCCCAGUGGCAGCAGCUGGAGUCACUAAAGCAGCCAGAGCCACGGCCACACCAUUUGCUGCCAUGACUGCCGUCACUCCCGCCACUGCCUUCAUUUCCCCAGUGCCUCCUGCUCCCGUUCACACCAAAACUGCCAAAGCUGCCACGCCAGUUCCAGGAGUGACUGCCAUGUCUCUGACUCCUGCUGUCAUCCGUGGGUCUGCUAAACCACCCAGAGCCACAGCCUCCCCAAGGGCAACCAGGCCGCCCAUCAAACCCCCAAAGCCCAGCUCCACCAGAGCUGGGAGACUUAAGGUCACGCUUCAGCCACACUCUGUUUUGGAGACUAGAGGAACAGCUGUUACCAAGAUCCUGGCAGGGACCGCCAGCACAGGGCACAGCAGGCCUCCCACGACAGUGCACCUGCCUGGCAGUGCCAAGGUCCUAGGGAAUCACUCCAGUCCCUGGGAGCAGCUGGAGAUGACACCAAACCCUGUCACCGAGCACCCAAUGCCUACCAGCUGGCAGGCAGGGACUGCCAAGGUGGAGGCAGGGAACGUUCCCUGGAGUAAGACAACAACUCCCAAAGGUGGGGCAGCCACAGAGAUGCACACUGACAAGCCCCUAUGGAACAGCACCAUCCCUUGGGGCACAGCAUCUGGAGCUACGUCCCUAGUGACUCUGGGAGCAGAGUUGGAGAGUAAAAGCAGGAUUCCUGGUAGCACCACCCCUGCGCCAGGCAUCAGCCUCCUCCUGCUGCCCGGGGAGUCUGAGCUACGCUCAGCCACUGACCAGGGCGCAGAAUAUGUGGAGUCAUUGAACCCGCCGGCUGUGUAUAGUUUUGUGACACCCCGGGGACACGCAGGAACUCUAGAUUAUGAAGACUAUUCAGACUUCUUAGAAGAACCGGACAGUGAUUCAGGCUCCUUGGUAGGUUCAUCUGGCCCUGGCUUCUUCACCUUCUCCUCCUGGGUGGAUGGAGACCCUCACUUUGUAGUACGGUUGCCGCGUUCACUGGGGAACCUGUGCUUUACUCUGGAUGGAUGCUCAGGUGAUGUCCUGCGCUUGGUGAGCGACCCUGCAACAGGGUUGUCUGUCAACGGGCACCUAAUGGGGGCCCCUUUCAGGCCAGGCCACGAGGAGCGUCCCCGCACCUACUUUGAUGCCAUAACCAUAGUAGUGGAACACCCUCGAGUUGGCUAUGUGGUCAACGUAACACGGAAGGGUGUCACGCUCCACGGUGAAGGUGAGCUGGUGUUGCCCUUUGCCCAGCGGGCUGUAAUCCACAAGCCCCAGCUGGCAAUUUCUGUGUGGCCUGAAGCCAACGUCACCGUAUGGAUUGGUCAUGAAGUGGAGUUCCUGGUUCUCCUGCACCGCUACAAUCACCCCACGGCCCUGCAGCGGGAUCAUCUCGGCUUCUAUGUGGUGAACAGCAAGGGGCUGUCAGCUUCAGCAGGUGGCUUGCUAGGCCAAUUUCAGAGGGACAACAUCAGGCUCUCCCCAGCCCCCACCGAAGGGGAGCGAGCGGCAUGGAUGUGGAGGGGCUCUAACAAAGCCCUAGUCACCGAGGUCACCAAAAUACUGAAGGAUUCAUCCUGGAGGGCACACGAGGCACCAUGCUGGCUGCUGAAACGCAAGGAUGUGGAGGGGCUGUUGGGGGCUCCCUAUAGCUCCUACGUAACCUCCAACCUGCUGGAAUUGUGAGCCAGCCAUCUUUCACUCAACUGGGGUAGCAAGCGACAAAAGUCUAGGACUUUCCCAAUUCCUAACCCCCC